GUGCAAGUCAGUUGAGACGAUUGGCAUAUGCAAGGUCCGUAAGGGGCCAUGGGUAAUUCCAGCAGGCGAGAAUCAAUGGACUGUUCUACACUGGGCGAGCUUGCUUGAAGGUGCCAAGAUGGCGAUGGAGAAAGAUCCCCACAAGAAAAACAGGACGGUUUGGAUCGCUCUCGAGGCCGGUUGUGACUCUGCUGUGGAGUUCGACCCGAACUUACCAGACGAUGUGAAAGACUACGUCAUCGAGCUAGGCAACGCCACCAACGCCAGCACUUUGGUGGUUACGGUGCUCCAGGUGUUCAUGUCUACCGAGACGAUUCUUUCUGGAUGGGCAAUCCAGAAGGAAAAGGUAACUGCUACUGGUGACGGUUGUGGCGGGGCGCUUACGCUCUACGCUCGCAGGCAUGCCUAUGCCAACACUGUAUUCUCUGGCCGCUGGCGCUCACAGAACGCGCUCGACGUGACGAUCAACACCUACAACCUUUUGCAGACAACGAUGACAUCAGCAGGCAUUUCAAUUUGGGAUCAGAUGGUAUCUUAUUUCGAGACAAAGGCUGACUACAUGCAUGAGUACAUGAAGGACACGAACGCGGUCAUCCAGAACAUCAGUUGCAUUUGCAAGGUGCUGUGCUCUACUUAUCCCGACUUCGUCGUUCCUGUCGUUGCCCUCGUGAUCCCGCACCUCGAGUCUGAACCCCUCGGGGCGUGCCCAGCGCUGCCAGAUGGCAUUCCGCAGGGCAAGUUGCGAAAGCUGUCAGAGGCCAUGGUGAGGAACUUACUGGCGAGCAUGGCCGACAGCGCGACUAUGAAGGCGAAGGUCUCUGCGGGGUGCGCGUGCGCAUCGGAUGGGGACAACGACGUGUCUUUCCUGAGUGACGUGAUCCAGUUCACCGCGAUGCUCAAGCACAAGCUGAACGUCCCCCAGGACAACCUGAACGCAUACUCGUCGAUCCUGUGCUUCUGCCAGCUGCAGGGAGAGAUACAAGUUCCAGGGAAUGGCAACACCCCAGCGAGGACGAUCAGCAGAUACACCGCGAUGAAGCGCCACAUCAUCAACGCUGCAUUCAAAGCAUCUGGCAUGGCAAAGAAGCCCAGCGACCUUGAGAUCUACUACGCCGACGCAGGGGACGACAGCCAGCUUGCAGAGUCGCCCAGCAAGGCGCCUCUGGAGGAGAAGACUGACGAGACGCUCUUGGACACCUUCAAGACCUUGCAGGACAACGGUUCGGCGGCCCGCAUGAAGUCCUACCUGAUGGUGAACCCGAUCGACAAGCCGAUCCAGUUGCACAUGGCAGUCUGCGGGAUUACGAGCAAGGUCUACACGUCUAUGAUUGGAGCAUGCGGUGGUGCAGAGGGCAAGUCUGGAACUCCAGAUUGCCAACGUGAGCUGAUCGAAGAGGCCACGAAGCGCGUGGUCACUGCCGUCAUGGAUGAGAUGCCGUUGGCGUUCGACGAGAUAGUGAUAAACUUUGGACAAUUGUCGGAAUUCAAAUUUGCUUUGACAACUGUUUCAACCAGGAGCGACUAUGCCGACACGGAGCUUCUGAGGAAGACGUGCGAAGAGAUGGGCGUGAUCGGGGCCACCGGCCGCAAGAAGCUGAACAUGGUCAGGCUGAACACGUUCUUCGCAGUGUGCAGCACGUUAUCUACGAUGCAGGUCCCCCUCAACGGCACUCCGAAAUACAUGUUUGGCUUGCUGUCUGUGCAGGACGUCUUCAAGAAGAUCGCGGAGUCCAUCGAGAGCCAGCGGUGCGGAGCGCAGGAGCCCAUCGAUAUCAAGAUCAUCACCAAGGCCAUCGACGGCGACGUGUCCAUGGCUGUCUUCGGCGACUGUUUCAGCAAGGCGUUUGCUGAACUGGUGGUGACGGUGAACAAGGUUUGCCCGACCAAGGCGAAGGCGCAUCACACGCUCGUCGCGGGCCUGAGGGGGAAGCUGCAGGGCUUCACUCAUACGCAGAUGAAGGAGUUCGUCGUGUCGCAGGGCUUGCAGAGUAUCGAGGUGCCGCCAUCCAUGGGAAUCUUCUCGUCUGUGAAAGCUGCGCUGGUAGAGGAUGUCAUGACUGCGGUUAAAAAGAAGUGCACCGACACGACCUUGGCAGCCACGAUCCUCGUCGGCAACGUUGGCGACAAGGUGACGAUCCUGCGCGACCAGCUGGCCAAGGCAAGCGCCACCACUACAACUGCGGCGGCAACAGCGGCGGUCGUGGCACCGACUGCGGGGCAGACGACUACUCCAACCAAGACUGCCAAGGAACCAGUCCCCAUCGCCGUCGACGACGGCAAGGGCAUUCCCCAGGGCGACUUCAACCUGACCAGCCUGGGGGUCACGCAGUGGAUCAGCAUGCUCACCGAUGAGGACCGCUCGAAACUAACAUACAAUAUUAAUGACACCAGCUUCCUUCUCGCCCUCACUUCUUCUCCCCGCCUUUCCUCCCAAAUUCGAGAGGAGCUGAAGUCCAACGGGCCCGACCACCUUGCCAUGACCAGCGCGACGAAGGCGCGGGUGAUCGCCUCUGUGCAGGGCCAUUUCAUGCCACCCGCUGACGGACUGCAAGGCCGCUUUCUCCGCGACGUGCUGAUUGACUUUUCCAGGAAGAAGAGCGUGGGGACCUUGACAGCUCGUCUGGCGGCAGACGCAACGACCACGGAGGCUCCCGAGUUCGUUUGUUGGGGCAGGGUGGUAGAUGCGAUCGCUGCGAGGAGCCUUCCGCGUGGCACUCUGCUUCCACUGGGGACAAGCAAUGGUUUGAGUUUGUUCCUGGAUGGCUCGAAGCUCCUCAACCCUUUGGUUUCAGACGCAUGCAUCGCAUGGAUGCUCCCGAUGAUCAAGGACGACGUGGACGGUGAGACCAACGCCGAUGCUGCCCCCUUGGUGGACAGCGCGGCCAACCCUGAGGCUGGUGCAUGCGCAGCUGGCAGCAGCAGCGGUGCCCAGCCGCCCAGCAAGAAGCGCAAGGGCGCCUCCGCUGCCAAGGCGCAGCAGGCGCAGCAGGCAGCACCCCCAGCAAAACCACAGCCGAAGAAGGCUGGCAAUCGCAAGAAGCUUUCUCACACGCACUCUGUCGAAUUCGAGACCGUGCAAUUUGAUGUCGAGGUCGACUCGACUGCCAAGGUUUUCACUUUCGAGAGGCCUUUCUUGAAAUCCAACCGCCCCCUCAAAGCAGGCGAGACUCUUCGUCGCAAAGCCUUCGAGUGGACGGAGGCCAACUCCCCAGGCGAG